AUGGCCUCUACUCGUCCUCGAACGGCGGCGGCGGCUGACGCCUCCAAGAAAACAACAAAGACCACCACCGUCGCCAAAGCUGCCAAAGCUACUAAGACUGCGGAAGCAACAAAGCCAAAAGCCCCCGCAAGGCGUCUGGGAACCGGAGUCAUCACUGUCACUCCUUCAGAACAUCACCCUAGACCCAAAAUCCACAAGCGCAAGGCCGAAGAUGAGGUCGAGGACAGUCCCAAAGCCAACGGCAUCAAAAGAGUCAAGCCCCAGACCGUGGUCCCUUCUCCGGAGCCGGUGAAGGGAAAGGCGGUAACGAAGAAGACCACAACGGCCAAGAAGACCAAGGCGAAGGCAGAACUGAACCACGCUCCCACCGAUAAGCUGAAUGUCUACGUUUUCGGAGAAGGGUCUUCGGGAGAACUGGGACUAGGAAGCGCAAAGGGCCAAACCGAAGUGAAGAGACCACGCUACAAUCCAAACCUGAGCCCGGACACGGUUGGCAUCGUUGGCCUGUCGGUCGGUGGAAUGCAUACUGCUGCUCUGACACAUGACAACAAGAUCUUGACCUGGGGCGUCAACGAUCAAGGCGCCCUCGGGCGAGACACUACUUGGGACGGCGGUCUUCGGGACAUGGACGAUGAUGCCGGGAGUGACAGUGACUCUGACAGCGGGUCUGAGACGGCAGUCAAUCCAAAGGAGUCGACACCCAGCGAAGUGGACUUGGCUGGCGUUCCUGAAGGAGUCGUCUUCACUCAAAUUGCCUGCACUGAUAGCGCCACCUUCGCCCUGACUAGUGAGGGUGAAGUUUAUGGAUGGGGCACCUUCCGAUCGAAUGAGGGAAUAUUCGGCUUUGACCCAUCUACGCUGAUUCAACUGCGGCCAAAGCUGAUCAAAGGCCUCAAAAACAUCAUCCAAUUGGCCACCGGAGCGAACCACGUCCUCGCUCUCCAAAGCAACGGUAUUGUGUAUGGAUGGGGUUCGGGACAACAGAAUCAACUAGGGCGCAGGAUUCUGGAACGACGAGCAACGAACAGUUUAAUACCGAUGCCUAUUGGCCUCCCGAAGAAAAUCAUCCACGUCGGAGCUGGGGCAUACAACUCGUUUGGGGUCCGUGACAACGGCGACGUUUAUUCAUGGGGACUGAACAAUUUUGGUCAAACUGGUAUCCCGAAAGAGUUUGAUGAGACUGGAGCCAGCAAGAGCUCUGACGUCCACCACCCCAUUGUCAUCGAAAGUCUUCACGGCAAAGGGAGAGUCACCUGCAUCCACGGUGGGGCCCACCAUACCGUUGCCGUGACCGAUAAAGGCGAGCUGUUGGUCUGGGGCCGACUUGACGGCAGUCAACUAGGCUUGAAAGUGUCAGACCUGCCACAGGACGACGUCGUGCGUGAUUCUGCCGGCCAUCCUCGAAUUCUCACUGUGCCAACGCAAAUCCCCAAUAUCGAUGCUGUCUAUGCCGCUGCUGGCUCCGACCAUGGUAUUGCCAUUGACAAGAAUGGAAAGGCAUACUCAUGGGGAUUCAGCACCACCUAUCAGACCGGUCAAGGCACCGACGAAGAUGUCGAGGUUGCAACCCUCAUUGACAACACGGCAGUCCGGGACAAGAAACUUGUUUGGGCUGGCGCAGGUGGCCAAUUCAGCGUUCUCGCGGGCCUUCCAACUCCGGUGGUCAAUGGCGUUAACGGCAUCAACGGACAUGCCUGA